AGCCAGUUAAUAGGGCUCUUCAUUUUAGUGCAAAAAACAUGGCAAGUUCAAGUGUUUUUUCUUUCAUGAAAGGGUGGUUUCCUGGCCAGGAAGUUCUAUCAAUUUGCGCUUCUUUUUCUAAAUCCUUUGUUAGACUCAUGAAGAAGAUUGUUUUUGCUGCUUUCACUUGCUUUUUUGCUUUAGGAGGGGCUAUAGUGGGAGCAAUUCAUGGAGCCAUAAAAGGGCAAACUACAGAGACUGGAUUUCUUAAAGGAGCUAUAAUAGGUGGCCUAGCAGGGGCAGUUGCAGCCAUUCAGUUGCUGGAUUCAGCCAUUGACGGUGAACCAUUUUCCAAGGCUGCCAUACUGAGAAGUUUAGUGAAUGGAAAAGUUUUCAUGGAUUAUGCGUCUCCUGCAAUGCUAAAAGCCUAUCAAUGGCAGAUCAGCCCCUUGGAAACAACUUACAGAGAUAUUUCAGACAUCUAUGACACAGCUGCAAAUAAAGGGCUGUCCCAGAUUUGCAUUCAAAAUCUUCCUUCACAUAAAUAUCACCCAAGCAAGAAUCAUCAACAUGACUUUUGUUGCUCAAUUUGCCUUCAGGAAGUGAAGAGGGAAGAGAGUGUAAGAAGACUCCCCAAUUGUGGGCAUUUCUUCCACUUGGACUGCAUAGACCAAUGGCUGAUGCGCCAAGGCUCUUGUCCCAUCUGUAGAAUUCAUGUUUAUGAUGACAAAAAUUGACCUAUGAAAUCAUAACACUCAUCAGAGAAGUGAAUUUCUCAUGGCAAUUAAUUGUUUAUAAAAUUAAGUUGCAAGAUCUUAAUUCACAAAUUAUUUGUGCUUCAUGUCUCCUUCCAAUUAUCAUGACAACUAUAGCACAUAUAAAUGUUGCAAGGAGAUUUUCCAAGAA